GAGCAAAGCCAAAAAUAAGGAAGAACAGGUUUCCAGUUUUUGUUUUUUCUUUGCUGACAUUUAAUAAUUAUGGGUAGCGUUUCUCCUUGGCCUGAAAGAUUGUCAAGCAACAAGACAAGGGUGAUACAACAACUUAUUCAUGGGCAAGAGUGUGCUACCCAGCUUCAGAUCCUUUUUCACAAGUCCUUUGAAGAAGGUGCGCGACUCUCAGCGCAGGAACUUGUGCAAAAGAUCCUGAGAUCUUUCAAUGAGACACUUUCUGUGCUGAGUUGUUGUGACUCUGCUGAGAUUUCUCAGAAUCAGGCAACUUCUAAUGAUGAUUCCCCAUGUUGUGAUGACCGGAGGUCUGAAGAUUCUAGUGAGAGCAGGAAGAGACCGGCCUCCAAGGAUAGGAGAGGUUGUUACAAGAGAAAAAGAUCUGCACUGACAUGGACACUAGUUUCUACCACAAUGGAAGAUGGUCAUGCCUGGAGGAAGUAUGGACAAAAGGAGAUCCUCAAUUCUAAACACCCUAGGAGUUACUUUAGGUGCACUCGCAAGUAUGAUCAAGGUUGUAGAGCCACCAAACAAGUCCAAAGAAUGGAAGAUGAUUCCCAAAUGUAUCAGACCACUUAUAUUGGAACCCACACCUGCCGAGACUCAUUCAAGGCUCCCCAAAUCAUCAAAGAUUCUGAAUCUUGGGAAUCUUACAUGGUCACUUCUGGCGACUCAGAAACCCCAAGCAAACAACAGCAUCAUCACUUGAACCCACCAACCACUCCGACGGUAAAGCAGGAAACCAAGGAAGAGACAACGCCGAGUGAUCUUACAGACUUGGAUUCUAUCAAGUGGAAGGAUAUAAUGAGUGGUGGUUUUGAAUACUCCUCUGAGCCAGUUGGGAUGGGGUCUGAUUAUGGGGAUGGGGUCUGUAACGUGUAUUCAACCAAAAUCACUUCUAGGAAUUUCAAAUUGGACUUUGAAAAUGAUUUUCAUUUUGAUGAAAGUGAGUUCGUCUACGAGUCUAGCUUAUUGUAAAGUUAAUAUCGUAGCUAGGACAGUUUCCUAUUCCAUAUGUAAUGAGUAAUAUGGAAUAAUAACACCCAUUGAAGCCUUUUUUAGGUCUGUAAAUCUAUAUUCCUUCGAAUAUACGAGUCCCCAUCCUUUUUUGUCA